GCUGCCUCUAAGGCACAGCCCACAUACAUACCUCUUUGCGCUCUAGCUCAGGCUCCCGCAACCCUGCCUCCUCCCGCGGCAAGACUUCGGCUCCCCGAUAAUCCCUGGCUGCCGCGUCAAAGCUCGGCAGCCAGACUUGGGGAGUCCUCUCCACCUCACUCCCACCCCCACCCCCCCUUUUUCUUCCCCAGGGUGUGUGUUGAGGGGGUGGAGCAUUGGAUGCCUGGCUGGGCUUUAAAAUCCGGCUCCGCGCUCCCCUUGCCAGCAGAGCAAGGGUAGAAGCCGCUUCCUUCACCCAGCGAGACGCCUAAGGGACCCUCGGCGCAUUUUGCAUGUGCCAGGAACAUCUCUCCAGCCCAGGUCUCCCUUGAAUUGAGCUUUUGCUAGAGCCCAGCUCCGUGUGUCAGGGCUCUGCCUCCUCCCAGCGCCCCCUGCCCAGCCCGCUAGAGGCUAGUGCUCCCUACGUUCUGGACCUCCGGAGAGGGAUAAGCAAGCCGGCCGGCUCAGGGGCUGCUUCCUCUAGCUUUGGCUAAGCUGGCUUUGCAGUAAAUCCCAUUUGCCGUCCGCCGGCCGGUCCGCGCUCCUUUGGCGCCCCUGGUCUGCACGACUGGCGUGUCUGCCUUUGUUUCUCAGCCGUCCCACAGGGCUUCUGCAGGGGUCGUUUCAAUUAGUUGCAGCUGCAGCAGUUAAGCCCCGAGAUUAAGCGGAGAGGGGUCGCCAUGCUUCAAAGUACCUUCCUGCUGUGUACCCUGGGGCUGCUGGCGCUGCCGCGCCCCGGCCGGGCAGAACCCCUGGCAUGCCCCCCGCGCUGCGACGUCUCCAAGUGCCCCACUCCCAGCUGCCCAGGAGGCUACGUGCCCGACCGCUGUAACUGCUGCCUGGUGUGCGCCGCGGCCGAGGGCGAUGCGUGCGGCAGAAAGGACGAUCCCCCCUGUGGAGACAGCUUGGAGUGUGGCCACCCGGCGGGCAAGCGCUUCGCCAAGGGAGUCUGCCAGUGCAAGCUGACCUACCAGGUGUGCGGCAGCGACGGGCGAACCUACGACAACGUGUGCCGGCUGAAGGCUGCCAGCCGCAAAGCCCUUCAGCAGGGGCUGCCCGCUGUCAUUCAGAUCCAGAAGGGUGCCUGUGAAUCGGGUCACCAACAGUUCACCAGCCCGAGGUACAAGUUUAACUUCAUUGCGGAUGUGGUGGAAAAGAUUGCACCGGCAGUGGUUCACAUUGAACUUUUUCUGAGGCAUCCUCUCUUUGGGCGAAAUGUGCCUUUGUCCAGUGGGUCUGGAUUCAUCAUUUCAGAAUCUGGCUUAAUUGUGACCAAUGCCCACGUAGUGUCAAGCACUAAUGCCAUUUCUGGACGACAGCAGUUGAAAGUUCAGCUGCAGAGCGGGGACACCUAUGAGGCGACAAUCAAAGACAUUGACAAGAAGUCUGAUAUCGCCACGAUCAAAAUUAAUCCCAAGAAAAAACUACCUGUGUUACUGCUGGGACAUUCAGCAGACCUGAGGCCAGGAGAAUUUGUGGUGGCUAUUGGGAGUCCUUUUGCCUUACAAAACACAGUCACCACAGGGAUUGUCAGCACAGCCCAGCGAGAUGGGAAGGAAUUGGGUCUUAAAGACUCUGACAUGGACUACAUUCAAACAGAUGCCAUCAUCAAUUAUGGAAACUCAGGUGGACCUUUGGUUAAUCUGGAUGGAGAAGUCAUUGGAAUAAACACAUUAAAAGUGGCAGCUGGGAUCUCUUUUGCUAUUCCUUCAGAUCGUAUCACACGCUUCCUUACCGAGUCCUAUGACAAGCAAAACAAAGAUGUGAAAAAGCGCUUCAUUGGUAUACGGAUGCGAACCAUUACUCCAGUUUUGGUGGAAGAACUGAAGGAUAACAAUCCUGAUUUUCCUGAUGUCAGCAGUGGGAUUUAUGUGCAUGAAGUAGUCCCAAAUUCGCCAUCUCAAAGAGGAGGAAUCAAAGAUGGAGACAUUAUUGUUAAAGUUAAUGGCCGUCCCUUGAAAAACUCCAGCGAACUACAGGAAGCUGUGAUGAAGGAAUCACCCCUAUUACUUGAAGUUCGAAGAGGAAAUGAUGAUUUGCUCUUUAAUAUUGAGCCUGAAGUGGUCAUGUAGAGGAAGGCUUCCCUAUACGCUCUUGUCAACUUCUUGGAUUCUGGAAUAUUGGAUACCUCUUCUUCAAACUAAUCCCAUAUCCUGUUGACUAAUGACAAGGUGGCCUAAAAUGUGUGAGCCUGAGCCAUUUCUGUACAGGGACAAUCGAUUCUAAUGUCACAGAAUUAAAACGAAGGACCAAAUUUUGCCUUUAGUGGAGCCCAAAAUACCUUUUAUUGGUGUUGCUCUAAGGCAAAAUUGGACCCAAUGGUUCUGAAUUUUAGUGCUAGAGUAUUUUAAAAUUAUCUGUUGUAUUAGAAAAAAAGUAGAGAGUCACAAUAUUUUCCUUGUACAGAAGCUUCUGAGUGUCACCCAAGAAAGAGCCAGACUAUCCAGGAACCCUAUUCUAAAGGGGAGGUCCCAUCAGAUUGGUUAAGAUCCAAAUCUCCGUGCUGUAGCACGAAGCUCUUUGGAUGGAAAGCUGUGCUUUUCAUGUCCUCUUGAAUGUGAAAUCAUAUUUGGAAACAGUUUCCCCACUUUGAGUUAAUAUAAGGCUGUAGUGGAGAGAUUUGUGUCAGAAUCAUAGGCUUGUAGAGUUGACAAGGACCUUGGAGACGAUCUGAUGUGAUGGCCCCAUUCUCCAGAUGAGGAAGCCAAGGCCCAGGAUGGGGACUUGGGACUUGCCCAAAGUCUCACAGUUGGUGGCAAAGUGGUGGGUGAGAACUUAGGUUAUCCGACUCCUAAUUUAAUCCAUUUGCUGCCAUGCAGUCUCACCCUUCUCAUGACCCUCAGAAGGAACAAAUGUGGUAAUUGGCUGCAGCAGCUGACACCUAGGUCAUGCAGUGCUGGAAGAGAGUAAAUGAUUCUUAUAGAAUUAAUACCAUAUAUAUGAGGAAAAAAACAAGCAGAUGAUGUGAAAAAAUAAUAUGCUUUUUUUUUUUUACAUUUUGGGUAUAGAUUUAGUUUUUACAUUAUAUUGGCAGGCUUUACUGUAAAAUGAAUACUCAGUGUAGCUUGUUCUGUAUGUUUCUACUGUAAGAAAAUAUUAAAGUUUACAAGCAAAUUGUUCUUACA